UCGCUGCGCCUGCUGAUGACGUCAGAGCCCCUUCCGGAAGCGGCGCCCUCCAUGGGGGCUCCGGAGCCGACGCCAUCGGGGAGCGCUCGGAGCCUCCGCGCCCGGGGAUGACGUGCUGCUCUCCGGACUGAUGGCGUCGGGCGCCACGAGUCGCUCCGAGGACGAGGAGUCCCUGGCGGGACAGAAGCGGAGCUCAGCCCCGGCCUCGGGCGCCGUCCCCAAACGCCGCAGCUCCUCCCGGUUCAUCAAGAGGAAGAAGUUUGAUGAUGAGUUGGUAGAGAGCAGCCUGGCCAAGUCCUCCAGCAGGGCCAAGGGGACUGGGGGGGUCGAACCCGGGCGCUGCUCGGGCAGUGAACCCUCCUCCAGCGAGAAGAAGAAGGUCUCCAAGGCAGUGACAGUCCCCGUGGCCCCCAGCCCUGUGCCACCCCCAGGCCUGGCCAAACGGAUGAAGAAAAGCAAACAACCCCUGCAGGUGACCAAGGACCUGGGGCGCUGGAAACCUGCGGACGAUCUCCUGCUCAUCAACGCCGUGCUGCAGACCAACGAUUUGACCUCAGUGCACCUGGGGGUGAAGUUCAGCUGCCGCUUCAACCUGCGGGAGAUCCAGGAGCGUUGGUACGCGCUGCUCUACGACCCCAUCAUCUCCAAACUGGCCUGCCAAGCCAUGAGGCAGCUGCACCCUGAGGCCAUCGCUGCCAUCCAGAGCAAAGUGCUCUUCAGCAAAGCCGAGGAGCAGCUGCUCAACAAAGUGGGAUCGACCAGCCAGCCCACCCUCGACACCUUCCAGGAGCUGCUCCACAAACACCCCGACAUCUUCUACCCCUCCCGCACUGCCAAGGCCCUGCAGCUCCACUGGCAGCUGAUGAAGCAGUACUACCUGCUGGAGGACCAGACUGUGCAGCCGCUGCCCAAGGGAGACCAAGUCCUGAACUUCUCGGAUGCUGAGGACAUGCUGGAUGACAGCAAACUCAAGGACGUGCGGGAUGAGGUGCUGGAGCACGAGCUGACCGUGGCUGACCGGAGGCAGAAGCGAGAGAUCCGGCAGCUGGAGCAGGAGCUGCACAAGUGGCAGGUUCUGGUUGACAGCAUCACAGGGAUGAGCUCCCCAGACUUUGACAGCCAGACCCUGGCCGUGCUGCGGGGCCGCAUGGUGCGGUACCUGAUGCGCUCCCGGGAGAUCACUCUGGGCAGAGCCACCAAGGACAAUCAGAUCGAUGUGGACCUGGCACUGGAGGGACCCGCCUGGAAGAUCUCCCGCAAGCAGGGUGUCAUUAAGCUGAAGAACAAUGGGGAUUUCUUCAUUGCUAACGAGGGCCGGCGCCCCAUCUACAUCGACGGCCGCCCCGUGCUGGGUGGCAACAAGUGGAAACUCAACAACAACUCCGUGGUGGAGAUCGCCAGCCUCCGCUUUGUCUUCCUCAUCAACCAGGACCUGAUUGCCCUCAUCAAGGCUGAGGCAGCCAAACUGGCCCAGCAGUGACCUGGGGGGGGCUCUUCCUGCUGUGUCCCCCCCACAGACUCCCCUCAGCCACCUCCUGAGGGGCACUGUGUCCCCCUCCAGCCCCCAGAGAUUGUCACCUUCCAAUAAAGUGUUUUGCCCCAUACCUGGGUGGGGACACCCCGGGAGGGGGGGGG